AUGUCUCAGCCGGAUACUCCCACCAAACCGGAGCCCCAGGUCACUCUGUCUUCCGAAAAAGGGCCUGGAAAUGUCGAUGCAGCGUGGAACUUCCUCGAUCAGAACCGCGAUGCGGCUGGUGCUUCUGACGAUGUCGACAUUGACAAGUUGAGGCGCAAGAUUGACUGGCACAUUGUUCCUCUCAUGUUUUGUUGCUACACGAUGCAAUUCCUCGACAAGGUCAUUCUCAACUACUCCGCUGUCAUGGGUCUUCACCAAGAUCUCAAACUCCAAGGAAACGACUUUUCCAAUAUCGCAACGUUCCUAUUCGUCGGCCUUCUUUGCUUCGAGAUCCCCAACAUCUACUUUCUUCAAAUGGUCCCUGCUGGUAAAUGGCUUGGAGCAAACGUCGUUGCAUGGGGCAUCGCUACCGCCUGUGGAGCUGCUGCACACAACUACCAGACCCUUCUUGUGUCGCGAGUAUUUCUCGGAAUCUUUGAAGCGACCAUCGGUCCAUCUCUCAUGCUGAUCAGCAGCCAAUGGUACACCAAGUCUGAGCAGGCUCCCCGAUUCUCUUUCUGGUAUCUCGGACUGGGUCUGGGUCAGAUCAUCGGCGGGCUCAUCAGUUAUGCUUUCCAGCACAUCGGCCCAAAUGCUUCUCUAGCUGGCUGGAGGAUCAUGUUCAUCACCCUUGGCCUCGUCACUGUCACCAUAGGCUUGGCCACAUUUGUCUUCCUCCCUGACACACCCAUGAAAGCCAAGUGGCUCACGAGCAGUGAAAAGGUUGCACUACUCAAGCACGUCAGUGUCAACCAGACAGGUAUCCAGAGCCGCAAGUUCCGUCCCAAGGAGAUUGUUGAGGCACUGUGUGAUCCUCAGCUGUAUCUCAUGCUUCUAUCAGUUGUUCUUCUAUCGGUAUCGUCCGGUGUGGUUACUACCUACUCCGCCACACUUAUCCGCAAUCUUGGCUACACUCCCAAGAGAGCUGCCCUAAUGAACAUGCCCUCAGGUGUUGUGAGCAUCUUUUUCACACUGGCAGUUGGUUUUGGUAUUCGCCAUAAGUCACAUCGCUGGGCAUGGAUCAUCAUUUGUAUUAUACCAGCCAUCCUCGGUGGUGCCCUCAUGUCAUUUCUUCCUACAACAAACAGGGCCGGGUGCCUGGCCGGUAUCUACCUAGUCAAUGCAGUUGUCGCCCCCUUAACUAUCUUCUACAACUGGACGGCCGCGAACUUCGGAGGCGCCACAAAGAGAGCUUUCGCUGCUGCCAUUGUCUCUGGUUCUUUUUCGCUCGGUAACAUUAUCGGACCUCAGACGUUCCAAGCAAAGGACGCUCCCGAUUUCAGACCUGCCAAAUUGGCUGUCAUGGGUACUCAAGCCGGCUGUGCUCUGACUACCUUUGCGCUUUUCAUGUACUACGUCUGGGCGAACAAGAGACGCGAUGAUCGUACCAAACAAGUUGAAGACGCGUACAUGUCGCCAGAGGUUUGGUCGACCAUGACGGAUAAAGAAAACAAGCACUUUCGCUACACUUAUUAG